UGAUGCAAUCCAGUUUCUCUACCGCGGCUGCCGUCCACGGGUUUUGCUAUAAGCCAGCUGUGGCGGUGGAUAAAUUCGCGUUCAGCCUGAGGUUGCGGUUCAACGUUCCGGGGGAUCUGGGAGCCUCGCUGUCCUUGCUCCCUCCCUCUCAAGACUUCUUGGAGCCGUUCAGCAUCGGGGAGUGGAAUUCAGUCAAGUUCCUUUUUGACGGAGGUUUCGACAUCCAGGAGCCUGCGGAUUAUUAUACCCAGUCACCCUUAGAGCAUAUGCACGACGUCCCAUCUGGAUCAAACGAGCUGCAAGACCCAAGGCCGUACGGUGCCACUGAAGACGACAGAGCGCGUUGGACCGCUGGGAUCGAAUACGACGAUACGACGACAUCUCUUCCUAUGGGAAUGGGACUCCAGACUGAUGUCUCCGACGAGACUCACUUCCCCGCUGCCGGCGGUGUCACAGCCGGCGACUCUUUCGCAGCGACCGCAGUGUAUCCAACGGGCUUCCCGACGUCCAACUUCACUUUUCGUGUCGCACAACCACCGUAUCCCUCUCCUCACGAUUACCCCACGCAACCUCCCACCAACACUCCGAACCAUACACCACCCGAGUUCAACUUCGACAUCGCGCUGGGUGCAGCAUACGGGCCAUCUUCUUCAUCAAGCGCACAUCUUUCGGGCUCUUAUUUCGUCCCACUGGCACUUCAACUUGAUCGCAUCGCUCUUGAGCCCGUCCAACCGACUGCGAGCGGGUCAAACCCUCAUUCAGGCUCCGGGGUGAUUCGACGAAGGGUUGACGACGACGAUGCAGCGGCAGUCCCACAACAGCCGCCCACGAAGCGCCGGAGGGUGCAGGCGACACCCACCCCGAUGGCUAGCACAAGCGCUAGCCGACCCCUCACCGGCAUCCUCAGGGUCAUCAAUGGCCUCUUCAUCUCCCUCAAGGUCCUCCCCUUGCGCCUCCUCCUCGUCCCACAUCUCGCCCGCAUCGUCCACCUCGCCACCUCCGUCUAUCCAUUCAUCCAGCUUCACUCACCUUCCCGACGGACGCUACCGGUGCAAGAUAUGCCCCGUUCCCACCUAUGCAGACACCGAAUGGGACAUCGUCCGUCACCUGGAGAGUGCCAAGGCACACAACCCCCAGCGCGUAUUGUGCAGGGAUACCGUGUACCGGUGCCCUUGCCCCAAGCCGCGCCUUCUGGGAAAGAGGAAGGAUUCUCACAAGCGGCAUGUCUUGACCUAUCUCCAACCUGCUACCUCUUCGUUUCCCUCCUCUUCCGCCGAUCCGCGAUAUCGUCUUUAUCAACACCCUCCAGAAGAAUCGCGGGCAUUCUCUCUAGAAGCCAGGCUCCUGCUCUGGAUCUCGCGCGAAAGUUAGAAAGUUCGCCAUCGCGCUCGGAAACCUGGGCAGACAAGGGACACUUCCACGCCCUCCCACCGUCCACGCUAGCUCUUGAGCCUAUACCUUCUAUUCUCUUUCCAGUCUCCCUCUUCUUCGAUCCUCCUGAAGCACAACCUUUGAUUCGACAUGCCGCUCACGCCCCCUACAAGUGUGAAUCUCAUCACAAGGAGUGUCCAAAUCCCUCGCAAUGAU